AUGGAAGAGCGAAAAAGCCCAAAACUUGCGAGGCUGUCCACUGUACCGACUGCCUUUUACAUCAUUCUGGUGAUGCUGGGCAUUUUGGGUAAUGCCACUGUGGUUGGAGUCAUUGGGAAGAGUGUGAUCACAGAGCGGGCUGGAGGACAUAACUCGGACAUCCUUAUUAUUAAUUUGGCAUUAUCCAACUUGAUGGUUUCCCUGAUGAGGAACAUAUUGCUUAUCGUCUCAGACUUCGGGGUAGAGCUGUACUCAUCUAAAGGCUGGUGCCAGUUCCUCAUGGGAAUCUGGGUGUGGCUGCGAUCGGUCAACAUCUGGUCAACACUCUUCCUCAGUGCAUUCCACCUCCAGACUCUGAGACGUGUGGUUCCUACUGCUGGGAACACUCAAAACUCUCGUAGCUUUCCAACAACCUUGCUGCUGAGUUUGGGCUUCAUGUGGUUUAUCAACCUUCUCUACUCCAUUCCUGCUUUUAUCUUUUCCAUAAAUGGAAACAUAAAUUCUACAGAGACCUUGAUGCUGGUAAGCAGCACAACGCGCCCCCUGCUGGGCUGCGUUUGGAACUUUCCCUCCACAUACAAUGGCCUGGCUUAUGCCACCACAUCCAUGGUGUUACAUGAAAUAGCUCCCAUCAUCUUCAUGACAGUUACUAACCUGAGUUCCCUGUACAGACUCUACAGCCACGGUAGAGUGCGGAGCUCACAGCAAAAUGCACCUGUUAUAAAGAAAAUACCAGCAGAGAGGCGAGCAGCCAAGGUGAUCCUCGCUCUCGUCAUGCUAUUUAUUUUAUCUUGGGGAACUAGCGUUAUGGCUGUCAACUAUUUCAACUACAACAAGAACUCCUCAGCUGAGUUUAUUCUGAUUAUUGCUCGAUUUGCUAAUAAUCUCUUCGUUGCCUUAUCACCUGUAAUUCUGGCAGUCGGACACCGGCAGCUUCGUUCCUGGCUAAAGUCUUUGCUCACACAUUAACAAAGCUGCUAGCUACCAGAACAUCCUGCUGAAGCACUCUGGACUACAACAAAGACAACACUUAGAAACUAUUAGCUUCUUUCUUCAACUUAAAUGUUGAUGGGUGUGAAUACAUUUGUGUGGGUGGAGAUGGAUAGACCUGGUGAGAAGGAAAAGUGUUACCCAGUAAACACUGAAUGUUUAGCUAACAUUCAACCAGCCUACAUUUCUCCGAAGGGUGGACUGAUAAGGACUUUAAGCAGACAUUUAAAGAACACUGGGAUGGAGAUCAUGGAAGUUUAAAUGUUGAACAAGCACUACUUUGUUAUUAUUAUUUAAGAGUUUUGUAACCAUCUACUUUUCAGAUAACCUACAGUAAUAUUCUUUUUAAGGUUUUUAGCCACAAGUUGUAAUGAAUGCUUUCAAAUUCUCGAGGAAAUCUCUUAAGAAUACAGUCCUGUCAUAUCUAAGCACAUGCAUUAUUGGCCUUGGGCACUGAAGUGUUACUGACCUGAGCUUUGGCACUUGAAUCAUGACAUGUUUUUCUUUACA